AUUAAAUGACAAUUGACAUUCGUGAUAAAAAAGAAUAAUCAAUAAUCACGUCACAUAAAAAUAUAUCAAUUUUUUUAGUUUCCCUCUUGCCACAAUAUGUCAAUCGUACUACGAAGACCACAUUUAAAAACAAUAUUCCAAGCUGCAAUCGCGCAAAAUCGCUCACAUUUCACCUACUAUCCGGAUAAAACAAAUGAUAAGAAUGUAGCUGUUCAGAAGAUGAACAUGUUUCAGGCUAUAAACAAUGCCAUGGAAAUAGCUCUCGAAAAUGACAAAUCAGCUCUUGUUUUCGGUGAAGAUGUUGGCUUCGGAGGGGUUUUUAGGUGUUCUUUGAAUUUGCAAAAGAAAUAUGGCAAAGAACGAGUUUUUAACACUCCCCUCUGCGAACAGGGAAUUGCUGGUUUUGCUAUUGGUGUGGCCAAUACAGGAGCAACUGCUAUUGCUGAAAUUCAGUUUGCAGAUUACAUAUUUCCUGCUUUCGAUCAAAUUGUAAAUGAAGCAGCUAAAAAUAGAUACCGAUCGGGUAAUAUGUUUAAUUGCGGUUCACUUACCAUUCGAGCUCCUUGUGGGGCAGUAGGUCAUGGGGCACUUUAUCAUUCCCAAAGCCCUGAAGCUUAUUUCGCACAUACUCCUGGUCUGAAAGUUGUUGUUCCUCGUGGGGCGGCCAAGGCGAAAGGCUUGCUUUUGGCAUGCAUCAAAGAUAAAGACCCUUGCGUUAUAUUUGAACCCAAAACGCUUUAUAGGGCAGCAGUUGAAGAUGUUCCGAUUGAUUCUUAUACUUCACCUCUGGACAAAGCUGAUGUUCUAAGGAAAGGAAGUGAUGUCACUUUGAUUGGUUGGGGGACUCAAGUUCAUGUUUUGCUGGAGGUUGCGGAUUUGGCCAAAAAACUUUAUGGUGCCAAUUGUGAAGUAAUUGACUUGGUUUCUAUAUUGCCAUGGGACAAGGAAACCGUUGUAAAUUCGGUUAAAAAAACUGGACGAGUUCUAGUCGCACAUGAAGCUCCAUUAACACAAGGCUUUGGAGCUGAGAUUGCUGCAUACAUUCAACAAGCAUGCUUCCUUAACUUGGAAGCACCUGUGUUCAGGGUUACAGGUUGGGAUACACCGUUUCCUCAUGUUUUUGAACCAUUUUACUUGCCUGAUAAACACAGAUGUCUGGCUGCUGUUAAAAAUGCAUUAGAAUACUAAUAGUUUCUUAAUAUUUUGUAAUAUUUUGUAUACAUUGGUUUAUGUAAAUAAUAUUUUGUACAUUUAUAAAUGUUAA